AUGAUUUUAGUCUCUUGUCAGCUCUUUUUCUGUUUGUUUUUCUUUUUCAUUCCUUUUCUCUCAUCUGGAGCUGAUACUUUGGUUGUGAAUCAAUCUCUUUCUGGAGAUCAAACACUUGUCUCUCGUGCUGGAAUUUUUGAAUUGGGYUUUUUUAAACCAGRURGUAACUUGGUGCUCUUAGAUGAGUCAAACACUCRAAUUUGGUCUACAGAUGUUAUGAUCUCUACUWCUUCAASUUCGGUGUCGGUACUUCUUCUUGAURAUGGCAAUUUAGUUUUGAGAAAUGGKWCAAGUUCAAGUCCACCAAUUUGGCAAAGUUUUGAUCAUCCAACCCAUACCWUCUUGCCUGGUAGUAAGAUUGGAUACGACAAGCGGACACAUAGARGGCAGGUUMUUACUUCAUGGAAAAGUAGGGARGAUCCUGCAGUGGGACUCUUYUCUUUWGAGAUUGACCCAAAUGUGUCGCAGUGGGUACUUAGRUGGAAUAAAUCUGUACAGUAUUGGACUAGUGGACCUUGGRAUGGUCRKAUCUUUAGCUUARUACCUGAAAUGAGGUUGAAUUAUAUCUAUAAUUUCAGCUACAUUAACAAYGAAAAUGAGAUUUACUUCACUUAUUCUUUAUAUGAUCCUUCARYUAUUUCUAGAUUUAUUCUAGAUGUCUCGGGGCAAMYUCAGCAGCWGRCAUKGUUGGAAAGUCAGCAGCAGUGGAAUUUGUUUUGGGCUCAACCUAGAUCACGGUGUGAGAUCUAYGCUGUAUGUGGGGCUUUUGCUACUUGCGACRGGAAUGUUAUUCCAUCUUGUACAUGCUUGACUGCUUUCAAACCUAGAUCAGAGAGUGACUGGAAUCUGAGUGAUUCCUCUGGUGGGUGUGUGAGAAAAACAAAGUUGGAUUGUACAGUUAAGGCAGAAAAGUUGGGGUUCAUAACAAGUUAUGUCYCGCCCAWAWUUMUUUCCUUAWUUCYCGAGAAUGGAAUKGUGCUAUYGGAUGAAUCAGUAUGCAGAAGGUCUUGCUUGGAUGACUGCAGUUGUGAUGCAUAUAGUUUUAUCAGUAAAAGAUGUCGGCWGUGGAAURGUGAAAACUURAGCAAUAUAUCACUUGYGUUUGUUUCCGWCGAUGCAAAWAGAAAUAAUGUUCCAUUAAGCAUCAAAGUUUCUUCUUCUGAUCUUGCUACCAAUCCUGCAAAAAUCAAUACCAAAGUGCUUGUAGCAGCAUUGGCAUUAGAUUCUACAAAAAAAGGGUUAAAAGACAAGUUCAUCCAUGUGACCAAGUCAGGAAGAAGAGACAAGAACCGAGGAAUUUUAGAACUUCAGUUUGGCGACAAUGAAGCACAUGUUAGAUAUCUG